GCUUAGCGGAGGAUCAGGGCCCUGUCUGACGGGCUUGGCAGCGGCAGGAAUGCGGGCGCGGGCUCACCCACCUGCCGAGCCCGGCUUCACAGCAUCCCUGGGGAGCCCGUCCCCUCCCCGUCGCCGGGGGGAGGGGGGGUGCCACCGGGGACCGUCCUAACCGCGCCGACACGGUCGAUGUCCCCCAAAUCGUCUGAAACACAUUCCCACGAUUUCCAAGAGGGCGCCGGCGGGGGAGCGCGCGGCGCUUCACAAAGCCAGUGCAAAACCUGGGCAAAAUCGCAGAGGGAUUUUCGCAACACGUCUUUGUGAGGUGCCUCCUUCCUCACGGUGUGCGAGGCUUGCCUCUCGGUGUGCAAGCUCGCCCGGCAGGUGCCCGCGCCACGCACGCCGCCACCCGCUGUCGCGCAGCCAGGGCGCCCUGCGCCUGGGCCACGCCUUGCGAUGCCUCUGCGGACCGAGGAGGGACGAGCACCUGCGGUGGAAAAGUUCCCGAUCUUCGCCGACAGAAGGAUCCAGAAGACAAGAGAGAAGGUGUUCUAAGAAUCUUGGUGUCAAGCUAUGUUCGAUUUGAAUUGCUGGAAGUACACAAGGCCCCCAGAGGAUGGCGUAAUCCCCGGCAUUCUUCUCACUCUUCUGUGGCACUGAAAGCAGUGAGGAAGACACCCGGUGGCGGCAGGAGCAACGGCCAAAGCGCUUGCUAGAAGCAUCCAGAACUUGCUCUGCAAAUUUAUUUCGAUUCUGUUCUUCGCUCCUUCACCUUGAGCGCGCGGAGGCGGCGCUGAGCAAAGGCUAGACAGCAGGACGCCGUCAGCUGGAACCUGCAGCAGUCCGGGAAGGGGCAGAGCUCCCAGGGCCGCUCCCGUCCACGGAGGAACACGCAACAACGGUGACCCGACUUGCAGGAUCCCACCCAGACUCUGACAAGCCCACCCUCACGCCCGCAAGAAAACGAUUCUCACUUUUCAUUGGCUGACCCUGGCGGAGUGAGCCCUUGCUUCAUUUUCAUUGGCUGCCGCGGCCAUCACGUCCUCUCGCCACACCCACCUACCCGGCGGCGCCCAGUGAGCUUUGGGGGGGAGAGAUUUACUGAGGGCGGGGGCGGGAGUCGCGCGCAGCCAGCCCGGGCGGUCCCCCUUCCCCACCCACCCCGCGCCGCGGCCCCCGCCCCGCCCCCCGGCCCGAGGCCCCGCCCCCGGCCCUGCCGGGUCCCGCCCCUCCCUCCAGAGAGGGCGGGGACCAGGCGGCGGCCGCAGUCGCAGGAAUAUGCUGGAAGCCGGCGGGCGGACGCCCAGGCGGUGCUGAAGGGACAGUUCCCGCCGCCAAACUUGCCCCGCGGCGGGAGGGCGGGUGGAGGGCCCCCGAGCCAGCGGGGGCACGUGAGCGAUGGAGACCAUCUGGAUCUACCAGUUCCGCCUCAUCGUGAUCGGGGACUCCACGGUGGGCAAGUCGUGCCUCCUGCACCGCUUCACCCAGGGCCGCUUCCCCGGGCUGCGCUCCCCCGCCUGCGACCCCACGGUCGGCGUGGACUUCUUCUCCCGCCUGCUGGAGAUCGAGCCGGGCAAGCGGAUCAAGCUGCAGCUGUGGGACACGGCGGGGCAGGAGCGCUUCAGAUCAAUAACUCGAUCUUAUUAUCGCAACUCAGUUGGUGGGUUUUUAGUGUUUGACAUCACCAACCGACGCUCUUUCGAACAUGUGAAAGAUUGGCUAGAAGAGGCAAAAAUGCACGUGCAGCCGUUUCGGAUUGUGUUUCUGCUGGUGGGACACAAGUGUGACUUGGCUUCACAGCGACAGGUGACUAGGGAAGAAGCCGAAAACCUGUCCGCAGACUGUGGUAUGAAGUAUAUAGAAACCUCCGCAAAAGAUGCCACAAACGUCGAGGAGUCCUUUACAAUCUUGACAAGAGACAUUUAUGAACUUAUUAAAAGGGGGGACAUCUGUAUUCAAGAUGGCUGGGAAGGGGUUAAGAGUGGUUUUGUUCCAAAUACUGUGCAUUCUUCCGAAGAGGCAGUGAAGCCCAGAAAAGAGUGCUUCUGCUGACUUCAAACAGGCCAAAGAACUAACGGGAACAGACUGGGUGUCAUCUCAGGAUAAAUACCAACAUGGACGGCAGAAUGAUGCAACGCAAACAUUGGAGAAAGAGUUACAAGCCUGCGCUAACGCUGUUUUGUAAGGUAUUUAUUUCAGAGCACUAUGCUUACCUGCUACACUACCAGAUUGGGUAUUUUGCUAAAUUAUCAGGCAAAGCAGACAACUUUUUCUUGAAACUCGAGUGUCUACAGAAUUACUCCCUUUCUCACUUUGUUAGCGUACAACUGACCUUCAUGUCCACGUAUAUCAAUGUGACUCAUUUUUCUUGACAGUUUAAAAUGGGUUUUUUGUGCCUAUGUAGUCUCACUGAAAAGAUUUUAUCAGGCAUUAUAUUCUCACGAGUUAAUUUGUUAAUACUGAAUAGUAAAGUGGAUUUAAAAGUGCACUGUUCGCUUACAAAGUAAACAAUCUCAGACAUAUCAUCAGCUAGGACUAAAAUAACAAUUCCCUGUAUAAGGUACCAUGUUUUUAACCAUUCUUUGAAAUAUUUAUCCUCCCUUAAUUUACCUGAACAUAAGAAAAUAAGUUUUAUACUCAUUUUUGUUCUCUGAUUUAUUGCUUUUGAUAAUUUUAUGUUUUGUGAAGAUAUCUAAGGAUCCAAGCAAAAUAUUUUAUUGCAAAUAUUUAUAAAAACAAAAAUGAAGGACAAUUCAUCAGCAAAUGUUUUGAUGUUAUAGUAUAUUGUCCUUAUUUAGACAAGAAAAACAAAUUUAUUUAUAUACAGGCAUUUUCAAAGAAAGUAAAUGCAAUUUACCCUGAACUAUUGUCAAAAUUAUUGAUAUAGGUAAAUAUGGCAUGUUCUUAGUGAUCGCUUUGUUGUCCACGUAAGUUCUUGAAUUUCCCCGUUUCUGGUACAAGAAAAUUAUAGGAAAGAUUUCUGGACAAGGACGAUUGGUUAGAUGUUUCAUAUAAUUAGCAUUCAAAUUGUAUUUCAGUAAAACUAAAGAUAGAAUAAUGAGUUAGGGCUAUAAAAUGACUUCUGAGUUUUCUAAUUUUUAACUUAUUGAUUAAAUUCUCUUCCUGGAAGGGACAUUUUGAUCACAAACUCAAAUAUUUUAUAACCUGCAUUUCUGUUCUGUUAACAAUCCGUAAUCACAAAGGGGCACCAAAUGCAGCCCCCUUUUUGAAAUCAUGACUUUUACUGUUAAAAUAGUAGCUCCAUUUGUUUGAAAACCAAACUGAUAUGGUAGAAAGAACAUUUAAUGAGAAAUCAGAAAGCCUGGGUCCUAAGCUUGCCUUUGCUGUACCAGUAUUUGAGCAUGAGUGAGUCACUUAACCUCGCUAAGCAUCCGUGCUCUUAACUGUAAAAUGAGGCUAAUAACACCAUUUAUUGUGCUUCAUGGAAUUAUUUUGAGAAUCAAGUGGAUCAUGUGAAAAAGCUUCGUGAAUAGAGAAAGCAUUAUGCAAAUACGAGUGUGGUAUCAGCUGCUCAUGGGCAUACUAUUAUAUUUACAACGGAUGAGAAUUUUGUUUUCUCAUAUUCUUUCCCCUCAUCCCCACGUUCUGCAGAGGGAGCAAAAGAAGGUGCAUGCUUUCGUGGACCUGGGGGGUCAUGUAUGCCCUCUGCCCUCUUGCUCUGAAACACCACUCCUCCAAGGUGGAAAUGAUAGGGAGGGAAAUCCCAGGAGACUUAAUUCAGGCAGAACUCCUGUUUGAAUGUGGUUUUUGUGCAUCUUUGAAGUAGAUAUUUAAUUAUAUUUUAAAUACUUGUACAUUUUCUAGGUUCAUGGAAGUAUUUUUAAUAGUGCUUACGGAGAGAAGAGUAUAAAUUAUAACAUCACUGUAAGAUUGUGGUUCUAUUGUCAACAUUUUCUUGAUAUCCUUGUAUUAAUUUCACUCGAGUGAGUUCAAACUGUAAUUGAUCAGAUGAGAAUAGCUGUCCCCCCAAAUGUGAAGUCAUCUAUUUUUACUGCUACAAUUUUAAAUCUUGUAGUACAGUUUUCCAUCGGUCCAAAAUGGCACCAACUCAGAAACUGAGUAUCUAACAACAAUUUAAAGUACGGUCCCCUGGGCCUAAUUGUAAAGUUAAACAGCUAAACUAUAAAAUACGAUUUAAGUUUCAGUGGACACCCUUUAUAAUACUAACGUUGGGGUAAAACUAAUAUUUGGCCUAGAGGGUAUGAUGUGUUCCAAGAUUUAGAAUAGAACUAAAGAGUCAGACGCAAACAAAUGGAAAUGCAGGGCCCCCCAAAAGUUGAUACUUCACCAAGGUCACACAAAAGCAGAAGCAAGCCUAGAACUCUGCCUAGUCAAGGUUCUUUCCAUUACUCUGCUGUGUCGGGGUGUGUGUGUGUGUGUGUGUGUGUGUGUGUGUGUGUGCGCGCGCGCGCGCGUAUGUGCGCGUGUGAGGUAAAGCAAAGGGAAAAUAUGAUCUAGCUGAAUCCACAAAAUACUAAAACUGGGCCAUAGCAUUUUGAGGUUAUAGAAGAGUUGUUUGUGGUGCAACAACACUAAAAUGAACAAUAACUACAAAGAUCUGAGUUCUUAUGCAAGAUUGCCAAACAUCUAUAUAACCUUAGCCAGAUAUUUUUAUCCAUAUACAUACAUAUAUAUAUAAAAUAACUAACCUAUUUUCUUACACAUAAUUAGGAAGAAUAUGGAUAAUGGAUAAUGAUGCCAAAAUAGUAAAAAUACUUGCUCCAGGCAAAACAUUUUGACUAAGUGUCUUACGAGUCAGAUAUUCUUGAAUCAGAUAUAAUUGAAAUUAAUUAAUUUAAAAUGUACUUAAUUUAAAUUUAAACCUAUUUAAAUUUAAAAUCAAAAUGAAUGGAUGAUGUAGCUAAUUACUAAAUAUUUUAAAUAAACAUGAUAAAGAAGAAAUGAAAAACUAUCUGAUCAUAUAAUACACUUGUCCCUGACAAACACUUCUCAUCUUGAGCUGCGUUAACGCUUUCAGAGCAUGUGGUAAAUGUGAUGGUUCAUUAAAUGGUAAGCUUAAGCCAAAAUGAUUUUGUAAACAGGAUGCUUUUAAAUGUGGCCUUUACAUGCAUAAUAGUAGCCAUCAAGAUUUCUUUGAAAGUUUAUACUAGGUUUCCAAAAGCCUCCAAGUCCUCCGUGAUUUCUUUUUAGUGGCAACCAAAGCAGCCUUUAUUACUGUUAAGGUAAAUUUACCAAUCUAUUUAUCCAACUUUACAGUAUUCAAAAACUGAAUCUAUGGAUUAAUAAAAUCCUUUUAAGAGUGCUUUUGAUUUUAUAUUGCCUUUGGUUCAAUCAAGUACAAAGCUUCCACUGACUUUAAAGAGUGCACUGUAUUUGAAUAAUUUCCUUAGGUCUGACAGAGUGAUAAGGAUUUGAAAGACUAAAGACCCACUUCGGAAGCUAAUUCAUUUGUAACUGCCUGGAGAGAUUUAGUUGGAAAUACAAAGGAAACAUGUAAUCUUUAAGGAAAAAAAAAAAAGAAGAAGAAGAAAGAAAGAAUAUAAAGGCUUUAAAGUUAGAUCCUUUGUAUUUUAAAAUAGAAUACAUUCCCAACAAGAAGCUAGCUUGUAAAUUCCACAGCUGAUAAAUAGCCAUCUCUGCUUCAAAAUCUUUCUAAAUCUCCAUGUUUUCACUAAACUUUCCUGAGUGACCAGUCUUCACCUGAUCUUAAAAUAACUAACAAACUUUUCUCCUGAACUUGGAUGAACUGCUACAUGACUUGGUAUUUCUAUAAUCCUAAUCACUGAUGAAAGUAGACACAUGAGUGUUGAGCUGUGACAAUCUAUAGCAAUCAUUACAGACUCUGAUUCGCUUCCUAUACAUCAUCAUGGCAUAGAAUAAAUGAAGAGAAAAGAAAAAUUUUAAAGAUUAUAUUUUAAAUUAGUGCUCCUUAUUGUUACAUCUGUCUGGAAAAUUUCUUUGUCUUUUUUUAAAUAGUGCCUAAAACAUUGUCUUAUCGAUGUGCUCUUCGGUGACUAGUAAUUAAUGAUUAUUAUGUUGAAUUAAUCCUAUUAAAUGUGGACUCCAUAUAUAUGGUUUUAAUUUCUACAUUCCAUGGAGAAACAAACAUGUUUUGCUACAGUCAUCUCUUGCCAGUUUCUUUUCGAGUAACAGCCAAUGGAAGAAAGACAUGAUAUACAUUUUUUGAAGUACGUUAUUAGUGUUAUUUGAUUUUAAAUAAUGAAUAAAAAGAAUGAGAAUGAGAA